AUAACUAUCAAAGCGAUCUUAACCCUAUAAAAGGACAUCUAAGUUACCAAGACAGAUCACUAUUAUUAUCAAUGUGUAUUCGAUCUACGUUUCUACUCAAACAAAUUGUUGAACAGAAAUUAAAAUGUUGGCAAUAAUUAAUAUCCAUUUCCUGAUAGUCUUGCUGUUACCUUGCGUGAAGUCCUACCGGAUAUUUCAGCAGAGUAUACCUAAUGGAGACGCCGUCCCCCAUCCGUGUAAGCCCAACAAUCUGUGGGAAGGUGUCGGGCAUUUUAACGACCAGGGGACAGGUUUCAGGAACCCUUUUGGUGAAGAUUUCGAAAAGGAAGGUAAAAUGUGGACGGAAGCCUUGUGUCGUAAAGACUCCGAUGGCGAUGGACUGACCAACGGUCAAGAACUCGGAGAUCCAGACUGUGUCUGGAAAGAGAACACAUUGCCUAGCAGACUCAACGGGUUAAGUCACCCAGGUGUGUGUGAUCCGUGGGACUCUCCGGAUUGUUUCUCUAAGAAUCUCUCUCACCCAAGAUUUCACACUCAGGAGGAAUGGCUAAAGGAAAUGUGUAAACCAAAGGAGUUUAUUUGUCCUGGCCUUAACACGUCGGACAUACAGACAGCCAAUUUUACAGUCAGUCUUGGAACCAAGGUACCUGCAAAGGAAACUACAUACAUGUGUCAGAUUUUUGACUUUGAGAAAAUGGCAGUAGCAGACGACUAUCACGUAGUGGCCGUGGAGCCUGUGCUGGACAACAAAUACGUCAUCCAUCACAUGGUACUUUUUGGCUGUAGAGACAACCAGGUGGCGAUUGCAGGUCCAUUUGAGUGCGGAAUGGUCCCCUCCGACUUCUGUACUCACGUCAUCAGCAUCUGGACAGUGGGUCUAGCAGGCGACUGCUUCCAUCCCCAGGCUGGAAUCACCAUUGGAACCAAAGGCUUUAAGAGAAUAGCUGUACAGCUCCAUUGGAAUAAUCCAGACAGCAGGUCAGACUGGACUGACAGUUCCGGUAUGAAGGCAUACUUCACCAACAAAAAGAGGCCUUAUGAAGCAGGAUUCUACAUCACAGGCCAUGAGCAUUUCGUCUUGCCUCCCCUGCAGACCUCUGUUACAUUCACAUCGACCUGCACUUCUGCCUGUACCAGCAAGACCAUUAGGAAACCAUUCAACAUCACACUCGCUUGGAAUCAUAUGCAUUAUGCAGGUAAACAAAUGUCCGUGCAAAUAGUCAGAAAUAAAACAGAGACCUUCUAUUUAAGCAAUGACAUUUUCUACAGCUACGACAGCCCCCAAGUUCAGUUGUAUACAGACAAUCCUGUUCAGAUUUUCCCUGGAGAUGAAAUCAUCACAAAGUGUACCUUCACGACAGCCAGAAGAAACCGGUCAACAUUUUGGGGAGAGGCCACAAUGGACGAAAUGUGCUACGGAUUUCUGAUCUACUUUCCAAAAGAAAAUGUGCAGAACUCUGUUUGCUUCACCUCGGGUCCUGAUGUAAGCACUUGUGACACUGCCACUUAUCAAGGAUGCACAGACUUGACAAACUUUAAAAAUCCUGAUUGGCUCAACGCUACUUCCGCUUAUCAAGACUUGGUAAAAAACUGUCGACCUUUCACCCCUUGUCUUCAGGAGUGCGUCGAUACAAUAGUCUCCCUAAAGAGAACAGAUCCUUGCUUCAAGGAUGAUCUGUUUGACUUUAUCAAGACUGAAAUGCUGGCCAAGACUCCUGAAGGAUUAGACUUGAUGGCUAGAUUCAGCUCAUGUGAGAGACACGUUUACCAGACGUUAAACACAGUAUCCCAAACGCGAGCUUGAUAUGACUAAAUACAUUCACUACAUUGUACUAACAAA